ACCUUUUCCUUACCCAUGUGGGGGUGGGGGUGGUGGGGGGUGUCUCCCCCCAACAGGGAGAAAGCAGCGACCCCCACCCCGCAACACCUGAACCCCCUGGACCUGCUGCACCGCCUGGACUCGCUGUUGCCCCCCGAAAGCCUCCUGGUAGCCGACGGGGGGGAUUUUGUGGGCACCGCCGCCUACAUCGUCCGUCCCCGACGUCCCCUCUCCUGGCUGGACCCCGGAGCUUUUGGCACGUUGGGAGUCGGCGGAGGGUUUGCGCUCGGCGCCAAGCUCUGCCGUCCCGACGCGGAGGUUUGGGUCCUCUACGGUGACGGUUCUCUGGGCUACAGCUUGAUGGAGUUCGAUACCUUUGUGCGGCACAAGACGCCUGUCAUCGCGCUGGUGGGCAACGACGCGUGCUGGAGCCAGAUCGCCCGUGAGCAAGUGGCUUUGCUGGGCAGCAAUGUGGCGUGUGGCCUCGAGUACCUGGACUACCACUUGGUGGCCGAAGCUCUGGGUGGCAAAGGCUUCGUGGUGGGUCGCCCGGACCGCGAGCGGCUGGAGGCCGUGUUCCGCGCCGCGCAGGAUGCGUGCCGCCAAGGCCACCCUGUCCUCCUCAAUGCCCUCAUUGGCAGGACCGACUUCCGUGACGGCUCCAUCUCCGUCUAGGGACGUCCCCAAAACCUCCUGGCUCUGUCCCCAACAGGGUGGGGACUAAGGGGGUGGGUUUGGGUGACACCAGUGCUGGACACACCAACCCAGGGGACAGCCGGGCCCCCCUCCAGCAAUAAAACAGCCCCCUGUGCCCACACCCACUGUCUUGUGCCAUCCAUUUGGGUGCCACCACCCCUAAGUGACACUUUGGGGACUGUCACACCCCCCCCCCCC